AAAACCAAAAACCCCAUCUGCAUCACCAUCUCCCCCAAUUAACAAGUAUACCCAAUCACAAAUUAAUUAAUAGAAUAAAGAAGUUGCCUUCUCUUGGAUCCAGAUCUUCUGCUUUUCUUCUAUAAACAAAACAUGGGGUUCCUCCCUCUACAAUCCCAAAACAGAUCAACUGUUCUCCUCUCUCAGCAAUGCCUGCUACUCUAAGGAAUCCAUUGCUUUCUCCCAAUAACAUCUUCUCAAUAAUCUUACUUCUUUCAAUAAACUCUCUUUUCUUUUCUUCAUGUUAUUCCAUUGAUGAACAAGGCCAGGCUCUUCUAGCAUGGAAGAACAGUUUAAACAGCUCCACAGAUGCAUUGAAAUCAUGGGUUUCUUCAGACGCAAGUCCAUGCAAGUGGUUUGGGAUCCGCUGCAGCGACUCGAAUGGAGAAGUCACAGAGAUAACAUUGAAGGCAAUAGAUUUGCAAGGCUCAUUGCCUUCAAAUUUUCAGCCUCUCAAGUCCUUGAGAAGCCUCAUCAUCUCUUCAACGAAUCUCACCGGGACAAUCCCGAAAGAGCUUGGAGAUUAUCAUGAGCUAAGUUUCAUUGAUCUCGGUGACAACUCUCUCUCUGGUGAAAUCCCAGAGGAAAUAUGCAGGCUGAGCAAACUCGAAACCUUAUCUCUCAACACGAAUUUCCUUGAAGGCAAAAUCCCCUCAGGCAUUGGAAACCUCUCAAGCCUAGUGUACCUGACACUCUUCGACAAUCAACUCAGCAGCGAAAUCCCAAAGAGUAUUGGAGCAUUGAGCAAGCUACAAGUCUUCAGAGCAGGAGGGAACAAAAACCUCAAUGGUGAGAUUCCUUGGGAGAUUGGCAACUGCACCAACUUGGUCAUGUUAGGCCUUGCUGAGACCAGCAUUACCGGAAGUCUUCCUUCCUCGAUUGGACUACUGAAAAGUAUCCAAACAAUUGCCAUAUACACGUCUCUCUUGUCCGGUCCAAUCCCAGAAGAGAUUGGAAACUGCAGUGACUUGCAGAGCCUGUACUUGUACCAGAACUCAAUCACCGGUCCAAUCCCAAAGCAGAUAGGUGAGCUCAGCAAGCUUCAGAGUCUGCUGCUGUGGCAGAACAGCUUGGUGGGUUCAAUUCCAAAUGAGGUAGGAAGCUGCAGUGAGCUCACAGUCAUGGACUUAUCCGAAAAUCUUCUGACAGGCCAGAUACCGAAAACUUUUGGUGAGCUUUCGAAACUUCAGGAGCUGCAGUUGAGUGUCAAUCAGCUAUCAGGUACUAUCCCUUCUGAAAUCUCAAACUGCAAGGACCUGACACACUUGGAAGUUGACAACAACGACAUUUCGGGGGAGAUUCCUCCUCUUAUUGGCAACCUCAAGAGCUUAACUCUAUUUUUCGCCUGGCAAAAUAGGCUCACAGGCAACAUUCCUGAGAGUCUAUCUGAUUGCCAGGAGCUUCAAGCUCUUGAUCUAUCUUACAACAACUUGUUUGGUCCAAUACCGAAGAAUAUCUUUGGACUGAGAAAUCUCACCAAGCUUCUGCUACUUUCCAAUGAUUUAUCCGGCUUUAUACCACCGGAUAUAGGAAACUGCUCGAGUUUGUACAGAUUAAGGCUGAAUCAGAACCGGCUGGCAGGUGCUAUUCCAGCUGAGAUUGGCAACUUGAAGAGCUUGAAUUUUGUUGACAUGAGCAACAACCGCCUUGUUGGAGCUGUCCCUCCAGCAAUAUCAGGAUGUCAAAACCUUGAGUUUCUUGAUCUGCAUUCAAAUGGUCUCACUGGCUCUGUCCCUGAUACUCUGCCUGAAAGUCUUCAGUUUGUUGACAUCUCAGACAACAGGCUCAACGGUCAGCUCCCUCACAGCAUUGGUUCAUUAACCGAAUUAACGAAACUCAAUCUCGGGAAGAAUCAACUUUCUGGAGGCAUACCAGCUGAGAUUCUUUCUUGCACCAAGCUUCAAUUGCUAGACCUUGGCAACAAUGGCUUCUCAGGUGAAAUCCCAAAGCAACUUGGUCAAAUUCCAUCACUUGAAAUUUCUCUCAACUUAAGCUGUAACCUUUUUUCUGGUGAGAUCCCAUCCCAAUUCUCUGGUCUUAGCAAGCUAGGAGUCCUUGACCUCUCCCACAAUAAGCUCUCAGGAAACUUAAACACUCUCACAGACCUUCAAAACCUUGUUUCCCUCAAUGUCUCUAACAAUGACUUCUCCGGUGAAUUGCCAAACACCCCAUUCUUUCGGAAACUCCCUCUUAGUGACCUUGCUGCAAACAAAGGUCUCUACAUCGCAGGCGGGGUUGUAACUCCAGCUGACAGAAUGAGAGCCGGCCACAGCAGAUCAGUUAUGAAGCUAAUCAUGUCCAUUCUCAUUAGUGCUAGUGCACUACUUCUCCUGCUUGCAGUUUACACGCUAAUCCGUGCCCGAAUAGCCAACAACAUUCUCAGGGAAGAUGACAGCUGGGAAAUGACCUUGUACCAGAAGCUCGAGUUCUCUGUUGAUGACAUUGUCAAGAAUUUAACUUCGUCUAAUGUAAUUGGCACUGGAAGCUCUGGAGUUGUAUACAGGGUGACAAUUCCAAAUGGGGAGACACUAGCAGUGAAGAAGAUGUGGUCAUCAGAAGAGUCAGGAGCAUUCAGUUCUGAAAUUCAGACACUUGGUUCAGUUAGGCACAAGAACAUCAUCAGGCUCCUUGGUUGGUGUUCCAACCGAAACCUGAAGCUUCUGUUCUAUGAUUACCUUCCCAAUGGAAGCUUGAGCUCACAAUUACAUGGUGCUGGUAAAGGAGGACAAGAUUGGGAGUCUAGAUAUGAUGUUGUCUUAGGUGUGGCACAUGCCUUAUCGUACUUGCAUCAUGAUUGUGUGCCUGCUAUUUUGCAUGGUGAUGUGAAAGCCAUGAAUGUGUUGUUGGGUCCUGGAUAUGAGCCUUGCCUUGCUGACUUUGGCUUAGCUAGGAUCGUGAGCAGCAAUGGUGAUGAUGAUGAGUUAUCCAAACCAAGUCAAAGGCCUCAGUUAGCUGGUUCUUAUGGCUACAUGGCUCCAGAGCAUGCUUCGAUGCAGAGGAUCGAUGAAAAGAGUGAUGUGUACAGUUUUGGUGUGGUUCUGUUAGAGGUGUUAACAGGAAGGCAUCCACUAGACCCAACUUUGCCUGGUGGUGCACAUUUAGUUCAAUGGGUUCGUGAGCACUUGGCCGCAAAGCGAGACCCAUCAGACAUUCUUGACUCAAAGCUUAGAGGAAGAGCUGAUCCUACAAUGCACGAAAUGCAACAAACACUAGCUGUGUCAUUUCUUUGUGUCAGCACUCGUUCCAGCGAUCGUCCCACUAUGAAAGAUGUUGUGGCAAUGCUCAAAGAAAUUCGACACGUUGACACUGCAAGGUCAGAGCCAGAAAUGUCAAAGGGAGGAGCAUUGCAAUCAAUUCUAGCAUCUCCUGCUGCUAGAAAAGCAGUUUCACAAGGCUCUUCUAACUGCUCCUUUGCUUUCUCUGAAGAUUCAAUGCAGUGAAGAAGAGUAAAAGAGAAGCUAUGUGAAUAUCUCUUCGGAAAGUCCCAUACAACAAAGGGAGAAUGUUAGGGUAUUAUAGUGUAAAUUAAUUUUUUUUCACUAUUUGUGGUUCUUGUAGAUUGAAAUAAUCAAUGGUCUUGGGGGAGUUUGAAAUCUUCAAAUUCCUUAAUGGCUCCCCCCAACUAUUAUGGGGAUGUUCUUGGGAACAAGGAUGGCUUAACUGUCUUGUGGAGCAGCAAGAGUAGUAGCCUAGUAGGGCAUGUAGAAGUUAUAACAAUGAUUGGUAUUUUUGGAUUUAUGUAAUUAGAAUUUAAUAUGGGAACGAGAUUCCUUCACCUC